GCGAGCCUUCAUUUGCCUCUUUUAGGAGGUCAUUAAAACCUGUCUCUGUGUUCGAGCCUCGUCAUCACAGUGCCAUGGCUCCGGUGGUCCUCCUCCCAUUUUUAUAUCGUUUCAGGACUCUGAGCUCAGCCACAGCUAAACAUUCCUCCCAGAUCCUUCACAGGACCAGCACAGAGGUGCACCAUGGACCCGUGUGUGUCCUGUCUCAACGGAGGAACAUGUCCACAAAGAAGGCCUUGAGUCAGAGUGUGUCAGAUCUGACGCUCGGGGAGAGGACCUUGCUCGAGCGGCUGUACGACGGCCUGGUCAGGGGUCAGAGGUCGUCUCUGGCGGAGUGUAUAACACUGGUGGAGACACAGCAUCCUCGGAAGAAGGAGUUGGCCCAAGUGCUGCUGCAGAGGGUGCUGGCAUACCGGCAAGAGCGCGAGAGGAUGUUAGGAGGGAAACCGGUGGCCUUCAGAGUGGGUUUGUCUGGUCCUCCCGGUGCUGGGAAAUCAUCCUUUAUUGAGGUGCUGGGAAAAAUGCUGACAGAAAAAGGCCACAAAGUCUCCGUGUUGGCUGUGGACCCUUCCUCGUGCACCACAGGGGGCUCGCUGAUGGGGGAUAAGACGCGGAUGACGGAGCUCUCGCGGGACAUGAACGCCUUCAUCCGACCAUCACCGUCUUCAGGGACACUGGGUGGGGUAACAAGGACCACCAAUGAAGCUAUAGUCCUGUGUGAGGGAGCAGGUUAUGACAUUGUGCUCGUGGAAACAGUGGGUGUCGGACAGUCUGAAUUUGCUGUUGCCGAUAUGGUCGACCUUUUUGUGUUGCUAAUUCCACCAGCAGGAGGCGACGAGCUGCAGGGAAUAAAGAGAGGUAUCAUUGAGAAAGCUGAUCUGGUGGUGGUGACAAAGUCAGACGGAGAGUUGCUCAUUCCGGCACGCAAGAUUCAGGCCGAAUACACGAGCGCUUUGAAACUGCUCCGAAAGAAAUCCAAAACCUGGACACCUAAGGUGGUCAGGGUGUCCUCGCAGACAGGACAGGGUGUCCCCGAGCUCUGGGACAUCAUGCUGCGGUAUCGUGACGCCACGUUGUCUAGCGGUGAGCUACAAACCCGUAGGCGUGAGCAGCAGAAGGUCUGGCUGUGGAGCCUCAUCAAGGAGAAUGCCCUGCGCCAUUUUCAGGAACAUCCAGAGGUGCAGGCGGCGCUGCCCGAGUUGGAGCGCAGGGUGGCCCGAGGAGACGUUUCUCCAGGACUGGCAGCCGACCUCCUGCUGAGGGCCUUCAGGACCACACAGUAACACAAAGCUCAUUUUGUGUAAUGUGAGGAAUGAAUCUUGGUACCAGUUUUGCGGUGCCGGUAUGUGGGUUUGGUGCGAUUAUUGUUUUCGUUUUUUUUAAAAACGAAAAAAAAAAAAAAGUGCAAUACCACAAAA